UUCGGCUACUACAAACAUUAAUUCCUAUAAAUAAGGUUGUAACGUCCAUCAUUUUUUUGUUUUCCAUUUUCAUGGAAAGCUAUAGAGACAUUUGCGUUUCACCAUUCCAAAACCCAUACUGAAUCAUCCAUCCCCCGCCGUCACCACUAUCGCCACCUCCUGACCUCCGUUUCCGUUUAUGGCCAAUUUCAUCAUUUCCCUAAACCCCUCAUAGAAAGAAAAAAUAAAAAGAUUGCACCUUUAUUAUUUUCUUUGAUUUAUCAAUAUUCAUUUUUUUGUUUUGAGAAAAAAAUUAAUUGUCCGCUAUUACGAUGGCGGACAUAGUGAAACAAAUUCUAGCACGGCCAAUACAAUUGGCAGACCAGGUAACAAAAGCGGCUGAUGAAGUUUGUAAUUUUAAGGCAGAUUGUCUUGAGAUUAAAGCCAAAACAGAGAGGCUGGCCGCGCUGCUAAGGCAGGCAGCGCGAGCGAGCAAUGACUUGUACGAGCGUCCAACGCGUCGAAUCAUUGAUGACACGGAACAAGUUUUGGACAAGGCACUUACUCUUGUAUUCAAAUGUUGUGCCAGGGGAUUGAGUCGGGUUUUCACGAUUAUCCCAAAUGCUGCAUUGAAGAAAACGUCACAACAGCUUGAGAAUUCAUGUGGUGAUGUUCAAUGGCUGUUACGUGUGUCGACUCCAGCAGAUGAUCGUGAUGAUGAGUAUCUGGGGCUUCCUCCAAUUGCGGCUAAUGAACCGAUUUUGUGUCUGAUUUGGGAACAGAUUGCAAUUUUGUGUACAGGGUCGUUAGAAGAUCGUUCUGAUGCAGCGGCUUCGCUUGUAUCAUUGGCUAGGGACAAUGAGCGUUAUGGGAAGUUGAUUAUAGAAGAAGGUGGGGUUGCACCGUUGUUGAAAUUGGCUAAAGAAGGAAGAAUGGAGGGUCAGGAGAAUGCGUCGAGGGCUAUUGGUCUUCUUGGUCGAGACCCUGAAAGUGUUGAACAAAUUGUGAAUGCUGGUGUUUGUUCUGUGUUUGCGAAGAUUCUAAAAGAUGGGCAUAUGAAAAUUCAGGUUGUAGUGGCUUGGGCAAUUUCAGAAUUGGCUGCAAAUCAUCACAAAUGUCAAGAUCAUUUUGCUCAAGCAAAUACUAUUAGGCUAUUGGUUAGUCAUCUUGCUUUCGAAACAAUUCAAGAACAUAGUAAGUAUGCUAUUGCUACCAAACAACAGAACAUGUCGAUACACGCUGCUGCCAUGGCACAUUCUAAUUCUUCUGGUACUAGCAAAUUCAGUGACACUGGAGGUAAACUUGAAGAUGAUGACAAUAGAACUCAUAGUAAAAUUCUUCAUCCUAUGGAUAAUCAAACAACCAACCAAAUGCAUAGUUUGGUUACGAGCGCAAUGGCCUUGAAAUCCCAGGCACAGAAUCAGCCCAACAAUCCUAUAUCAAGUCCAAAUCAACAGCAGCAGCAGCAGCGACAAAACCCGAAUCAGCAGAGGAGCCACCAUGUUGGACUGACAGGGACUAGCAUUAAAGGGAGGGAAUAUGAAGAUCCUGCUACAAAAGCUGAAAUGAAAGCAAUGGCUGCCAGAGCACUUAGGCAUCUGUGUGCAGGAAAUGUUAGCAUUUGUACUCAUAUUACAGAAUCCCGAGCUCUUUUAUGCUUUGCCGUUUUGCUAGAGAAAGGCCCUGAUGAAGUACAAUAUCAUUCAGCCAUGGCACUUAUGGAGAUCACAGGAGUUGCUGAGCUAAAUUCAGACUUGAGACGUGCUGCUUUCAAGCCGACUGCACCUGCUGCCAAAGCUGUGCUUGAUCAAUUUUUGAGAAUUAUAAACCUGGAAGAUUCAGAAUUGCUCAUUCCAAGCAUCAGAUCUAUAGGCCAUCUGGCCAGGACCUUUCGAGCAACGGAAACCAGACUCAUUGGUCCAUUGGUGGUUCUGUUAGAUGAUAGGGAACCAGAAGUAACUAGGGAAGCUGCAAUUGCACUGAACAAAUUUGCUUCCUCUGAUAAUUUCCUAAGAGUCAAUCACUGCAAGGCCAUAAUACAGGCAGGAGGUACCAAGCACCUAGUUCCACAUGUUUACUUUGGUGAACAAAUGGUUCAGGUUCCUUGUUUGAUUCUCUUGAGUUACAUAGCAACACAUGUUCCUGAUAGUGAGGCAUUAGCUGAUGACAACGCACAUAUAGUGUUGGAGUGGGCUACAAAGCAGGGACACCUAAUGCAAGAUCCUACAGUUGAAGAACUAGUGAACCAAGGCAGAGAAAGCAUGGAACUUUAUCAGUCCAGAGGCUCACGCCUGUGAACCUAUCCAUUUGUAUAAUGCGUCUCAAAUUUAGGUUGAAACUCGAGGCCCUCUUUAUCAUGGACCAAAGUUGAUUAUAUCAAAUGUGU